CGGUGUAUCGGACAGCGGCACAGGGACUCUGCCCGGCCAAGCGGGACAGGGGUCGCCGUUGGCCGCGGCCGCGGACAGGGGACCGGUCGGAGAGAGGCCCGGUGGGUGGCCAGAGCCGGACGGGAGACAAGGCGGGGUGAGCGAGUGGACCGGACUACCAGGCUGGUGCUGAUCGGGGCACGCUGCUGCCGUCGGCAAUUGUAGCCAGCAGACAAUGCCCCUAAAUUUAGCCGACUUGCAACUCAUCUGCACUCUCCUGCUUCUUGCCGGGUGUCGGCUCUCAGCGGAGCCUCGGACGGCGGCGCACCGCGUGCUGCUGCCGCCGUUCCAUGACGACCAGCCGCCGCGGCCCGAGUUCGACCCGUCCAUCCCGCUGAACGUGACGACGCUGGUCGGCAGGGACGCCGAGCUCAACUGUAUCGUCAGGAACGUCGGCAACCACACGGUGUCCUGGAUCCGUCAGGCGGACCUGCACAUCCUGACGGCCGGCCGCUACACCUACACGACGGACCUGAGGUUCGAGGCGCUGCACAAUCCGGGCAGCGCCAUCUGGACGCUGGCAAUCCAGGGCACCCGCAGCAACGACUCGGGCCUUUACGACUGCCAGAUCAGCACCAAGCCGGAGAUGGCCAUCCAUGUGCAGUUUAAUGUAGUCGAUUUCCUGCCGCCCACCGAGGAGCCUGUGGAGUCCACCACGGAGAUGUUUACGGACUUUGAAAUGCCCGUGGCCCGCAUCCUGGGUGGCAGCAGCGUCUAUAUCCAGCGUGGUAGUGACCUCAACCUGACCUGCACGGUCAGCUACAGCCCCGAGCCACCCAGCUCGGUAGAGUGGCUACACCGGAACCAGGUGAGCAGCCGGCUGCCAUGCAGACAGGGUCUUCGUCGUUCGCCGCCAGCGGGCGCAGCUGUCUGGGAGGCGUCCUCCUGCUGGCGGCCGUCCACCAGCUCUUCCGUGGCGCUGUGGUGACUGACCGGACAGAGCUCUCCGUGGCGCUGUGGUGGCUGACCGGACAGAGCUCUCCGUGGCGCUGUGCUGACUGA